UGCCUUUGCCCAAUUGCACAAAAUAUAUGCCUAUAUAAAACCCUAUCCCUCUUCUCUUCUCAUUUCACUUCCAUUCUUCUAUACAAAAAAAAAUAAAAAAAUAAUAACAUGAAGAUUUUCACAUUAUUUCUCAUUUUCAUCCUCCUCAUACAGGUUUUAUCCAAUGCUGCUGCUGAACAGAUAGAGGCAGGCAAUGAAGGAGCUCUUCACAAAAAAAUUCACCCAAUUAAGAGGAUACAUUGCGGAUACGCAUGUGCGAGGAGAUGCAAGAAGUCGUCAAGAAAGAAGGUGUGCAUGAGGGCAUGCAAGACAUGUUGUGCAAGAUGCAAGUGUGUUCCACCAGGCACUUAUGGAAACAAGGAAGUUUGCCCUUGUUAUGCUAGGCUUAAGACUCAUGGCAACAAGCCUAAGUGCCCUUAAUUAAUUAAUAAUUUUUAAAUUAAGAAAAAACAAUGCAUAUUAUUUAUUAAAUAAAUGCUUAGAUUUAAUUAAUUUCUCUCUUUUUUCUGUUUUAAUUCUUGGGUGGGUGGGGGGUGGGGGGUUAGAGGGAAUAAAAUGAGAGAAAUUGUUGCAUGAGUGUAUGCAAGUGUGCUUUUGAAUAUUUGAUUAUGACUCUUUUGUUUGUGAGAUAAAUUAAUACAUAUAAAUAUAUUAUAUAUGUAUUUUCUAGAUAAAA